AUGGUUAACACAUCGGCCACCGAGUCGAGUCCCGAGUCCCACUUCUCCCAGGGAGGAGGGCUGAAGACAUUUACUACGGUACCUAAAAAGACAAGGAGUCUGGUCAUGAAGCGGAGAUCCGGCCAGCGGAAACCCCCCACCUCCUACGUUCGAACCACCAUCAACAAGAAUGCCCGGGCCACCCUCAGCAGCACCCGGCACAUGAUCCGCAAGAACAAGUACCGCCCAGAUCUGCGCAUGGCUGCCAUUCGCAGAGCCAGCGCCAUCCUGCGCAGCCAGAAGCCUGUGAUGGUGAAAAAGAAGCGGGCCCGCCCCACCAAGAGCUCCUGA